UUGAGUAUAUUCGUUAAAAAGGGUUUCUGCUGUGAAUAGCACACGGAGGGUGACUAUUGUUAUCCUUCGUGCGGAAUCGCAAUCAAGAGAUUUCGGAAGCAUAAUUUUUAAUACCGGGGCUGCUAGUGAUCUUUUGUCCUGGCGCCCCAACUAAGAAGGUUAAAUAAAAUACUGAAUAACUAAAAUGACGCUAGGAGACAAACCUUACGGGCGGUACGGUCUGUUACAUUGACAGAUAUUUCCCUCAUGUACAUCUGUUUGGACAUAGCAGCACAUAUCGACAACUUCUGCCUCACAACAUGCGAAUCUACAUGUACAUUAUAUAUUGUAUAUAAGAAAAAAUAGUACUUAAAACUCGUGAAAUUGACGGCAGACUGAAAUUGACAGUAGACUGAAAGUUGAGGGUCACAUUUGAGCGACACUAGUAGAUCUACAUAGCAAAUCCAAACAAUGCUGAACACAGCUAAACUGGCAAAGUGGUAUGUUUGUACAGUACAGCCCUUUAAAACAGUUAAAAACUUGUGUUUUAACGAAAUUUACAGAAGCGUGAAAAGAAGCCGCUGUUCAGCAGGAAGUAAAGCCGUAACCGCGAUGUGCGCAUGCGCCUCAGCUUCUCCCAAUCUAGGGAUGUGUUUCAGUCCAUAAACGAGAUGAACAUAAUUCUGAAAGGAAGUUGCAGAAGUGCUCCCCAGUUGUAGGAGACUGUUAUGGCAUCCCCUGAUGAGGUCACUGUGCCCACUGUGGAGGACAUGGUCAUGGUAAAGGUAGAGGACGGUGACCCUGAUGACCCCAACAAAACUCAAGUCAUUCUUCAACUUCAACAAAUCACAGGUGAUGAGUCAAGUGAAGCAUCUGCAGCAGUCAUGGCUGUUGAAGCUGCUCCAGAACAAGGUGAAGAAGAAGUCGAAAUUGGCUGUCCCAUCACAUGUGGCGACUGUAAAGCUCUAUUAAUUUUGAAGAAAUUUGUUUGCCCAGGGAUAAAUGUAAAGUGUGUAAAGUUUGGAGACCAGCUCAUUAGCCCAAAACAAUUUGUCCAUCUAUCUGGAAAAGCAACUCUGAAAGAUUGGAAAAGAGCCAUACGUAUGAACGGAGUCAUGCUGAGAAAAAUGAUGGAUUCAGGUCAGCUGGACUUUUAUGAGCACACCACACUCUGCACUAACACAUGUCGAAGUACCAAGUUCGAUCUUUUAAUCAACAAUACCAGGUUCCCUCCGGAUGGCACUGGACUCACUACUCCCACUCAAGGCCAGACAGUUCUAGGUAAUGGUGGCACUGGUGGAGAUGGCCAAACAGAAGGUCUGGGUGCCAAGUUGGAGUGGAGCUCUGGCGACACAACGGAAAAAUCCAACGAGAUCUCAGAGGACACGCUGAACUUCUGGAAGGGCAUUGCAGAUGUGGGCUUGCUGGGGGAAGUGGUGACCAAUAUCAACACUGAGCUACUAGCACUACUCAACGGAGUGCAGCAGCGGAGUGAACCAGGCGUGUUACAGGACACAGAUUCCUGUCUGGUAGAGGUGGCUGUGCUCAGUAACCUUGCCCAAGUGUUCGGUCUACUGGACACGGUCAAGAGGAUCCUGGAGCGACGGAGAGAGCAGACUGACCCCAACCAAGAGGAGGAGCUACGAGUUCUCAAUAAUUUGGAGCUACAGUUGGAGGAGCAGAAGAAGCAACAGCAAGUGAGAGCUCUGCUAUCCUGCCCUCAACCACCCAAAAUCAAGACCCCCACCAAGCGCCCCACCAAACGGCCCAGACUCACCCGACCCGCCUCCACCACCACCCUGCUCGCCUCACCCCAGCAGACCGCCACCCUCCAGCCGCAGCAGUUCACCGUGCUCUCCCCCAUCUCCCUGACCUCUGUGGGGCAGCCGCUGACGGUCACGGGGCUGCCCAUCGCUUCCCUGGCCCAGUCCCCCAACACAGUCACCCUCUUGCCAGCCGGAUCGCAGUUCUUCACCCGAUACAUGGUGGCGGGUGACGGAAAGACUGAUACCAUAACGCUACACCCGUCAUCUGGGCUCACUCUGGACUCGAGCCAGCUUGGGGCCAUGAUGAACCCUGUGGAGUUGGUCCAGCUGAGCCAGCAGGGCGGCAGCACUGAGAUGGUCCCCCUGGAUGGUCAGGUGGUGGUGCAGCAGGAAGGCGAGGUGCAGGACCAGGCUUUAGGCGUGAUGGAGCUCCAGCUGACCGGGGACGCCGCUAAAGAUGCCAUGAUGGUCCAGAGUGGGAUGGAGGUCGCCAUGGCAACAGAGGGGGAGGAACCACAGUGCCAAACACAGGAGGGACAGACUGACACGACCCAGGGGCUGCAGCUGGAUGCCAGUGGACAGUUACAGGGCGUACAAAUAGUGGUGUUAGAAAAUUAGAAAACUCAGGAGGUCACAUAGACUUUUUAAUUGUGUGGAGCAGGAUUGGACUGUGUCCUUUGUAAAUACACAGAUAUUGCAUUGGCUUCAGACCAAGUGCUAGGGUAGCCAUUUCCCUCUUCGGUGUGUUAGUGAAUGUUCCUCACCACCACUUUUAUUCUUUGUACGGAAAAGCAGAGGAGCAGACAUUUCGUUUGUGCCUCUCAUAGUUUUGUAAUAUAAGGAGCAUUCCAGUUUACUACAACAAGGUCACGGCGUUUGUGAAUAGAAUCAUUAGUCACUCCAUUUUGAAACUGUAGUGACGUUAUGAGAUUAGGACCAAAGUUGUGUGUAACUGGAAAUGUCCGUUUGGCCUCUUUAGAACAAUCAGAGGAGAAUGCACUAUCAGCGUCUACAUGCAGGGUUCACCAGUGCUAUUCAGCCCACAUUCUCUCAUUCAGAAUCCUCAUUUUCACCAAGUGCUUUGAUUCUGUUCUUUAAUGACAAGUUAUUCAAAUGUUAAACAUAAAUAUAGACAAAUGAAUUAGAUACAUUCCUAUUGUAUAUUCACUGACCGGUGGUUUAUAGGCAGAACUGCAUUGUCCAGGGUGGUAAAGGUAAAGCUACAUUGCCAUGACAAAACAUUUAAAAAACAUAAACUGUCUCAUGCAAUAUAGGAGAAUUAAAUUGGUGUAAUUAUAAAUACAACAUGAUUUUCUAUAUAUCUCUUUACUGAGGUAGAUUAGAAGAGAACUUUGUCUGUUCUAAGAUGAACUUAAGAGGAACUUAAACUUUUCUGAUUGGGAGUGUCAUCAACUUUUCUCCUUGCAGAUGUAAUUGCUUUGCCUGGAAUUUUCCACACUAUGCCAUUAAAUUUAAUAGCAGGUUGGUGUUUUAUUGCUCAAGAUUACCUUGGAAAACAUGCAUUUGUAAAAUGGGACGAUUUGACCUGUGUAACUUCACCUGGUGGCCCCUUUUCCUUGUCACCAUGGAGAUAGAUUAAUUUAUUCCUAUACAGUUGAACAUUCCAGGUAAAGCAAUAACAUCUCUGUGGACACUCAACCAAAAAAGUAACAUAGUGCACCUUUAAAAUUAUUUGUCAUGAACUAACUGUACUGUUAAUUUGUGUAUAUGUGUAAAAAAAAAAAAAAAUCAAAACCCCGAUGUUCUUGAGUAUACUCCACCAGAUCAAAUCCUACCUUGGUGAAAAUGAGGCUUCACUGACCCAUUUACAGGCCAUUGCUGCCUAUGGUCACCACUCUUACCAGGUUCAGUGUUGAAGUUACCUUUGGGAUUAUUGCACUGUCUAUUGUGUUGUAGUGUUACAUCUUAAACUAUAGCAGAUGUAAGGUUUUUGCACAUUGUGGUGGUCACCUUUUCCUGUCCACGCCAGAUGUUUUUCGCAACGUUGCCUGCUCCCUUAACAUUUCUUUAGCCACAGCUUGGGCAGAAUGUCUUCUUCUGUGUAUAGUCCGGCACUCACUGGAAUUGCAUUGCUUGUGUAAUUAUGAUUUAUUUUUGGAGUGCUUUCUUGAUGACUGAAUUUAUGGAGAGUUUUGCUAAUAUUUUUUUAAAUAGUUCUCAUGCGUUCCUUUUUCAGUAUCGCAAGUCAAGUGACCUACUGGGAAGAUGUGUCUCUAUGUUACGCUUGGUAUGCCUGUAUUUUACAUUUGUAUAUUAGUGUCAUAUUUUAUUUAUUAGUUUGAACGCUGAAAUUCUACCAACGUGGACAAUGCAUAAGAUUAAUUUAUGCUAACACCAACUGAAAACCUGUUGAAGACUCGAGCAUUUUCAAUAAUUUAAUUUAAAAGAGGAUAUUUACACAAUGAAUUUGUAAUGUGUUUUAUUAAGAGAUUAAAAAACAAAAAUGUUGGUUCUAUUUAAUGCCACAA